AUAAAUAUUACGUUUUAUUUACUUUUAAAUCGCGUAUAUAAAAAUAAAAUUAACUUAUUUAUUAAAUUCUUUAUUAAUUAUAUUAUAAAGUCCGAGUUUUUUAUUAUUUUCCGUAAAGCUUAUAAUAAAGUUUUUUUAGAUAAAAAUAUUAAAUCCGUUUUUUAUAAAACUAAAACUUUAUUGUAA